AUGCGUCCACACAACCUGCAGUGCUAUCUCGCCGCAGUUAGCACAUUCAUAUUCGGCUUGGUCCAAGCCGGCCAUGGCUUAGAUCUCAAUUUCGCCAGCGACGGAGCCGGUCUCCCUGUCGCGCUCGACUCAUUCAACGGCCUGGAACUUCGCGACAGCCUCGACGAAAAUGGCCACUCCAACGGACUCGACCUCGUUCGCCGAUACCCCAAUAACGCCAAAUCCCUCGGAAACAAUCAAUUUGCGCUCGAAUCGCUCCAACUCGGCGAUGUACUGUGGUUCUACCUGCCCAAGGACGUGGUGAAUGGUCCCCACGCCGCCGCGGGGGUGGGACUUCCUGCCUACGUGUCCGAUAACGACGACGACACAAGCUCGAGCCAUGAAUUACGGAAACGCGCGCUCGUUGAGCGAGACACCACAACGGUAUACCUGUCUCUGACGACGUGCAGCAAGCCGCAUACCAAUAAGACCGGGGCGCAUGGCGAUUUCCCACAAUUGGAGGUCUAUGUUUCGAACUCGAAGGAUCUGGAAGAGCCAGGGCCGGGCAAGGAUGACGAUCUGCAGGACAAGUACACGGCUUCUGGCGGGUACCUGGGGAUCACGAAGGAUACGGACAGCGACGUGUUUAUUGGAGUUGCAGCGCCGAAUUCCACGGAGUACACGGGAGGCUACACGUUCCAACUUGCGGCCUCGAUCGACGAGUACUUUCAUCAAUGGGUCAACGACACGAAUUUGUUUUUCAUUGACGCGGACAACUCAGCUGCGCUGCUUGUCACCAAUAAUUUGACGGAGUCGGACAAGAAUACUACGAAUUACCAUCAGUGGAUGAACAUGGUGCCGCCGUUUACGAUGUUCGCACACAAUAUCAACAACACCGCGCUGAAGGGCUUGGAGCAGUCCUUCUGUGCUCUUGAUAGUCUGUCGCAGGUCGGCCGGAUCAGUAAUAUCACCGAGGUUGGUAUGACCAGUCGGGGAUUGGGCAACAAGCCCAAAGAGCAGUUCUACAUUACAGGGUUGAACAGAAGCUCAUCCUACGAGGGCCUUCUCGCGAUGGUUGGCAAUUCUACUGCAUCGGGUAACGGAAUCGUCGGCGGCGGCGGCAAGGUCUGGAGACCAAUGAAUUUCACAACGAAAGCAGACGAUAACUGCGCCGUCCUUUUCAAUCUCACCUUCUGCUCUGAGGUCGCUUAUGCCGUCCCAUCAAACCCGGACCUCAGCGUGGACAAAUUACGCACGAUCUACGACUCCUACGCUUCAAAGUAUUACAAGAACUUCAACUACUCAUUACAGCAAGUCCAAUGCAAGACAGACGAUGAAUCAAUGUUUUCCUUGUCGGUUACCUGCGCAGACUGCGAAAAAGCAUACCGCGAAUGGCUGUGCAGCGUCACCAUCCCACGAUGCGCAGAUUACUCCGCCACAGAAUCCUACCUCGCCGUCCGCAACGCAGGGCAGGAUUUCUUCAACGGCACUUCGCUGCCAAGCGAUAGUCCCUACAGAAAAUCCGUUGCGUCGAACAACUCGCGCAAUCCCAUCAUCGACGAGCUUGUCAAACCGGGGCCAUAUAAAGAGAUCCUACCCUGUCAGGAUAUCUGCCAUACCCUCGUCAAAAGCUGUCCUUCUUCAUUGGGUUUCUCGUGUCCUGAAGGGAGUUGGCUUAAUUCUUCUUAUGGAUACCGGAAUUCGGAUGGGGUUAUCACUUGUUCCUAUCUGGGUGCUGUGUAUUAUCUGAGUCUUGGAGCUCGUGUUGGGGCUGCGGCCUGGUGGACUGUCUUGGUUGGCUUGGUAGCGCUUUUGUUUGUUUAG